CAUUAGUUACAGUAGAACUUGGUAUAUUGUCCAUAAUAAUAGGAAAAGAAAACUUUCUUCGCUUCAAAGAUCAUUUUUCACAUUUUUAUUUUCUCGUUUACCAUCUCCCAUCUUUCUUUUCUUUCUCUUUGGCCAUUCUUUUCUCACUUACUCGAUCCCUCCAUACGAUAAGAAGCCGCCACAGUUGCAUUAAUACAAUUUAUAAAAACACUCACACAGUCCUUUUUGUUAUCAGCGUUUUGGAGUUUUGUGCACAGUUAAGGUGCUAAUUUAGAAAAUGUACCGUUUUAUUAUACAUAAAUAAUUAGCUGGAGACUUUUACGGGGGUCGAGGAGACUUUUGGGGAGAUGCUCGAUCGUGCAAUAAAAUGCGCGCUCUGGAUGCAGAAACAAGGGAUAGGGAAGGGCGAUGUUGUUGCGGUUUCCACGCACAAUCACCGUGACAGUUUCACACCCUGCUUAGCUGCAUUGUUCAUAGGGGCUGCUUUCAAUCCAUGGGACUACGAAAUGAACACUCAUCUAGCUCGUCAUUUCAUGACGUUGACGAAACCGAAAAUUAUUUUCGCGAACGAGCAAUCGGUCGGCGUGACGUUAGAGGCGUCGAAAAUCGAAGUUUUCCAUACUAAAGUGGUGACGUUUGGCAACUACCCCGGCACGACGUCUUUCGCGGAUCUGAUGAAGGGCCACAGUAAAUCGACGGUGGAGAAUUUCCAGUGCGUGGAAAUCGAUAAUCUUGGUGAAACAGCGGUGAUCCUUUACUCUUCCGGGACAACAGGGAUGCCGAAGGGCACGCAACUUCCACAUCGGGCUCUGCUCAACGUUUUGCUGUCGGAAGGGAGUUUAAAAAUUCACUCCCAAAGACCGAUGUGGUUCAGUUCUUUAUACUGGGUCAGUGGCACGUUACUUAGCUGUGUAUCUAUUACGUGCGUCACCAAGAAGAUCAUCCCUCCGGAUUUCGAUGAGAAAACAGCCUGCGAAAUGAUCGAGAAAUAUAAGGUCGAGUGGUUAUUGUUGAGCACCAGCAUGGCCAAUCGAGUUAUACGAUUCCACGACCUGCAAAACUACGAUCUAUCGUCCAUAAAGGUUAUUCUUGUCGGUGGUUCUGUCUUGAAGCAGGAAUCUCAAGAUGUGUUGAGAAAACAUCUGCAGCAUGCGACGGUUCUGCAAGCAUACGGUAUGACGGAACUGGGUGGGUUGGUUUCUGCUCAAAUGGUAAAUAGUACGAGCGGUUCUUGCGGCGUUGUAAAAUCAAACUGUGAAAUAAAAAUCAUUGAUCCUGAUACGGGAAAGAUCCUGGGCCCGAAUGAGACCGGAGAGCUUUGCGCAAAGACACCCUUAAUGAUGACGGGAUAUUACAGGAAUCCCGAAGCUACUAAAAACAUAAUUGAUCAAGAUGGGUGGUUGCAUUCGGGCGACCUCGCUUACUACAACGAAGGCGGGGAGUUGUUCAUUGUCGACAGAUUGAAAGAAAUUAUUAAAUUUCGAGGACAUCAAAUAGCACCGACUGAAAUCGAGGAUCUGUUACAGUCGCAUCCGGGCGUUCUGGAAGCCGCAGUUGUUAGUAUUCCUCAUCCAGUAGAUGACGAGCACCCUGUUGCGUUUGUCAGCAAAGUACCCAAUAAGGAGGUGACAGCGCAAGAAUUAAUUAACAAGGUGGCAACUACUUUGAUGGAUCAUUGUAAACUACGCGGUGGAGUAAAGUUUCUACCGAGUCUUCCGCACACACAUUCCGGAAAGGUUUCAAGGAAGGAGUUAAAGGCGAUGGCAAAAUCGCUGGUCGUUUAACAAAUUAGAUUAUAGACCCAAUCAUAAUUAUAAAACUACAUUCUACAUAUUACAUACAUACAUACAUACAUACAUACAUACAUACGUACAUUAGAAUAAGAAUAAUUCGGUAAAUAUAUUUUUUAGGAAUACGAAUAUACAUAUGUAUUAUCCGUUUAAAAUCUCUAUCCUUUAUUCGCGACGUGAGAUUGUACAGUAUUUUAUUAUCGUAGUAAAAAGGAAAAAUAAGAAUGUUGUAGAAACAUUUAAUGUAUCUACGCAAACAGCGUAGAAUGAAACCGAUACUUUGUUCCUGAUGCUAUAAUAUUUCUAUAUGUAUAGUAAUAAGGUUAUCGUGUAUCAAGGAACGCCAAGGACAGAAAAGA